UUCGGUCGUGACUGUUCUGCUCCUGGCACUUGAAGCCGACUAGAGUGACUCCAAGUCACUACUACCCGAGUUGAGGGGGGAGGGUGGAAAAGGAUUUGUUUGUCCAGCGUGGCAGAGGUGGUGUUGGCAGAGGGCACAUCUAUGAGGAUUUGAAAGCAAUCAGAUGCCGAUUCACAGUGUGGUGCUCUUUACUAUGGAGUCCUUUCGUAAGUUCUGAGAACUCGGAAAAUUCGAAUUUUCCCAGAACCAAAAACAGUACGAGAGGGAGAGAGGAGAGAGAUCGUGAAGCAUGGUGAGAGGGAGAGUGAGGCUGGCUAGUGUGCGAUAAAUAAUAAAACGUAAACAUAAAUAAAGUGCAAAAGGAUUGGCCGUUUGUCAGUCUCGUGUGGGACGUGAUGCUGGAAGGAUAAUAUUCCUGAGUCGUUGUCAUUGGCGUCGUGGUCGUCGUUGACGUCGUUGUCGUGUUUGUGCGUAAAGGAUAUAUUCUAGCGAAUUCCGUCGGACGGCACGUAUGUCGUGUAUUCUGCCCUGUGUGAGAUAAUCGGAUUUGGAAAGUGUUGUAAAUUAGCAAAUUUUACGAUUUGUGUGCUCGCUCGCUUUCACACAGCAGUAGCGUCGAGAAAUUUAUGUCCAUUGGUGUGCAGGAGCGUGUAAUUUUUGGCAUUCCAACCGGAAGAUAAAUUACCAUCCACAUAUGAGCGCCUCCGGGGCUUCUGUCCAACUGUGGCAACGCUUUGUUAGUGAGGUGGUGCUGGUGUUGCGUUUGUGAGAGAGUUUUGUGAAAAGCGUCGUGUGCCAAAAAUGGGCAAAGUUCGGCGUGGUCCUUCUUCUCGUUACCCAGUUUAAUUAGAGGAAGACGAGCAAAUAUGGAUCCUGUCUGGCUGUCUGUGUGUGUAUGUUUGCGUUACAAAUUUUCCAUUUAGACUGAGAGGAUGUAAACCGUGAAAAGUUGGCCCGCAGGAAAAAAAAGCGAGGGAAAACAUUUGAACCUCCUCCGCGGUGGCUGAUGGAACUCGUUUAAUCAAGGAGCCAUGUCGAGGAUAAUUAAAAUUGUGCUAACAACACUGCUGUUGUGGAGAUUAGGUCUGGCAAACACUAAUAAUCAUCAAUUAUCAUCAUCCAUAUCGCCCUCGGGGCUGGACCCCGGUGACCCAGCAUCCACGGCUGGAAGUGUUAGACCCAGCAGCAGCAGCAGCAGCAGUCGAAGGAGCAGUACUUACGAGGGCCAAAGUUGGAAGCAACAUGUGGGCAGCGAGGGAAAAUUAAUAGACAAUAAACUACGGGACAAACUACUUUCGCUUGUCGUCGAAGAGGAAUCCAGCGCCAGCAGGCGAACCAAACGAGAAAGCAGUCCGGAAGAGGACGAGGCCGGCAAUUUUAAUAUAAAUAAUUUCUACGAUAAUAGAAUAAGUAAUGAGAGGAAGCGCGACAGGGAUGACGAUGUUCCGCGAAUUACCGAGCAGGUACUGCCGGUCAGGAAUCUGACCGAUGACCGAAUCCGGGAGGAAACGGAACUGCUCGAGCAUUUGAACCGUGAGCACUUUUCUGAUGGAGCAAUCAGAAUGUCCGGCAUGGCAGACGGCAGCAGUCCUGCCGGUCGGAAACACCCGGGUGGCGGAGGGAAAAAGGGCCGCCGAAGAAAAGGUCACAAAAAGAAAAUCAAACGCAUAAAACCAUCCGAUGGUGAUGAUGGUGAUUCGCUCAUCGCACCGGAAAACGAUCCGUCAGCGGUGACGGCGGCCACCGGCAGUGGCGGUCAACGGGGUGAUUCCGGGACCGGCGACGUAACCAAAUUAUCACUAAGCGAAUCGGAGCAAAAGCAACAGAGCCAGAAACCGGGACGGAAAAAGCACAGACAGAAGUUGACCCCGGAGCAGCUGGCCAAGACGGCAAUGACCGGAAAGAAACGCCCCGCGCCAGAAAGGGGACAAAAGUCGCCGAGAAAGGGCCACAGCGUGGACGGAAAUUGGGAUCGCCGAGCUGGGCGGGAGUUGGUAGUGCUAAACAGCGAUGAUAUUUACGAUAAAAAUAUGCAAAUAACUGCUCCGAGCGAUGGCCGGCAAAAAGUCGUAGUAAAUUUACCCAGCGUGACCGACGCCGGAAGUAGCAGCGACAGCAGUAGCAGUGGUAACAGCUGGUGGGGACAACCGGAAGAGACGAAUCAAAGGGAUCUGUUGCAGCGGAAAUUAACACCGGUGGAGCGGAAGCUGCUGCUGCGGCAACAGAAAAUGGCCGAGAAGCAGCAGCGGAAGCAGUUGAAAAAGUUUAGAAACGGGAACUUUAUGCUUGCGCCGAUGGUACCGGAGCAGCUGCAGCAGCUCCCGCCGGCGCCGGCCACCGAUCCCAGCCCGGGCGUAAGUUCGGUGACGUUCGCCUCGGACGACAUGCAACGGACGGAGGCGGUCUCGGUGCAGCGCAUCGUCAUUGCCGGGGAUCUUUCGUGCAUGAAGGACGAUUUCAUUCCCGCACCGGCGAUUCCCAACGCGGACAUCAAGUACCUGCGGAACGACAUUUACGGGCUAGAAAACUCCUACCUGGAAGCGGAGUACCACUGCCGCAUGGGAUUCGAGCUGCGCACAUCAAACUCUACCAACAGUUCGACCCUGAUCUGCCGCAGGUCACGAUGGAUCGGCAAGAGGCCUUUCUGUGCGCGGGUGAAACCGUCAUCAACGGCAGAAGCUCCAACGACGACGACGAUGACGAACGAUGCGACAACUCCAGAGUCAGCGGGCCCUUCGGGAGCCACCAGUAAGUCGUGUGGUCGGCAGCAUGGUUGCCAGCAAGCGUGCCACCGGAGUACCAACGGAACCACCCGGGUGUGCUCCUGCUUCAAGGGGUUCCGGAUGGUGGACGGAAGAUGCGUCGACAUCAACGAGUGCGCCGAGUACGGUGAAGACGUCUGCGAGUACGGCUGCUCCAAUACGGUUGGCUCGUUUACAUGCAAAUGUCCGAAAGGAUUGCGCGUUACCGACAAUAACAAAUGCAUGGACGUGAACGAGUGUCUGCUGCGAAAUGGCCACGGGCCCUGUCAGGAUACCUGCAUCAACACUUGGAGUGGGUACCGGUGCAGCUGCAUGGGUUUGCCCGGAACGCGGUUAGGUGACGACGGCCACAGCUGUGAGGACAUUGACGAGUGCACCGUCAACAACGGGGGAUGCUCGCACACCUGCCUCAACACGCUGGGGAGGGCGUUCUGCGUCUGUCCCGAGGGAUUUAUGCUGGAUGACGACUGGAAAACCUGCAUCGACAUUGACGAGUGUCUGAACCAGAAAUCGAUCAGACAGGAAUUCCGGUGCCAGGGAAGCUGCAUCAACACCGUGGGUUCGUUCCGGUGCCUCGAGGAGGACGAGCUGGUUAGCGACGAGGAUUUGGGUCGGAUUCGAGAUGAUGGUGGUUUCGACGACAGCCGGUUGCUGGUGGUCAGACCAACUGGUGACGAUCUGAACGAUGACAGCGACGAUACGUUGUGCCCGACCGGGUAUUACUUCAACACGACGAUGGGUGACUGCCAAGAUACAAAUGAGUGCAACGUGGGAAACGCGGGCUGCCAGCAUCACUGCAUCAACAGCGAUGGCAGUUACUACUGUUCGUGCAAAUAUGGCUUUAAACUGGAGGUCGACAAGCAUAGCUGCCUGGUCCUGAACGACUCCGUUAAGCUGGCAGAUGUGGCCUGUCCGCCAUUGUUCCCCCCGAGGCACGGCUAUCUGGAGUGCAGCCGGCCAAUCGACGAAAUCUCCGACGGUCCCAACGGGGGCCGGCUGAAGAUCGUGAACCGUCCCGGGAGCCAGUGCAUCCUAAAGUGUCCCACCGGGUACCGACUGGAGGGAAAGUUUUCUAAAAUCUGCGGUACCACGGGCGAGUGGAUCGGCGACGAAAGCGGAACGUGUAUCCGAUAUCCCCAGCCCAAGCUGAGCUGCCCAUCCAGUGUGAACGUGGAGUUGCACCCGAACGACACGGACCACACCACGGUCAAGCUCCGGCGGCCCAAAACGGACGUCAGCUGGGAGCGUGACAUCGUGGUCGAACCGUACUGGGCCAAGAAGGACGUCCUCCAGCUGCCACUCGGUUCAAUCAACAUCAGCUAUACGGCCAAGCAUCCGGUGUCCAAGCUGACUUCCAGCUGCACUUUCGACGUCCACGUGAUUGCCGGAAGUCCUCCAACGGUUGAUUUUUGCCCAGACACGCAAAUCUACACCAUCGAGGGUCACCACCAGAGCGUAAAAGCCACCUGGGAGGAGCCCAUUUUCUCGGACAAUGUCGGUGUGGUCACCAUCACAAAGUCGAAUAGCCCCGGAACGGACUUUGGCGCCGGCAGCCAUCUCAUUACGUACGAAGCCCACGACGAGGCCGAGUGGAGCUCCAAGUGCGUCUUCAAAAUUGUGGUCAACGUGAGCAAACGGACCGAUGUCCAGCAUUUCCAGCUUCCGAUCCUUUAUAAUCGGUUUUACUUUUAAUUGUGGCCAAAUGCAUUCUUUCCAAGGUUUUUAUUUUUCCAACCCCCUUUCCCCUCGGUAAGACUGUCAAAAGCUGCUUACAUUAACAAUUUUAUACAUUCACUUUUUUGUUAUUGUUGUUCCAACCCAAGUUUCCAAGUUGUCGGUCACUGCCAUUUGCAACUUUAUGUGAUCUGCAAACACUCUUUUCGUCCCACUGUAAUAACUGCACAAAACCGUUUUGAGUUGAGUUGGCAAGUAACAAAAACGUCUCCCGAGUUGGCGAGAAAUAAACUUUUGCCCGUUCCUUGUUUCGC